GAAGUUAACAUUUCCACCAAAUCUAGUGGUCUUAGCUUCAGAACAAAAACCCCAAUUGUACUUGAAACUACUUCAGAUAAAUAUAAAGAAAUACAUAUCCUGAAACUGGGUCGAAAAGGGUUUUGUUCCACGUUUUAUUUUGAAAUUUCGACCGGAUAUGGUUUAGAUUCCCCCUGCCCACAGCCCCGUGGGAGGUCGCUGCUCGUCUCACCUCUGCGUGACUCUCCCGGUGUUUGUCGCUGAACCGUCGCCACGUUUUCGUCGCCACGGAGCCGGCGCGGUGAACCGAGAAAAAGCGGCCAACGUAACUUGACCUCUGGCUCAUUCUCUGGCCUGAGGGGGUCAAACGUACGGUGCUGCACGGUAGCAAUUAAAGACGUGUCUCGGUGUCAAAGCAGCGUGCGGCGACGUCAUGUACAGACUCCUCCAGCGAGGGAGGACGCGGAGCUGCCUCUCCAACCAGCGCCGCCAUGAGCACCACCAGGCCGUCAUGGCCAUCCGCCGCGAGGACGUCAACCCCUGGGAGCGGAGGGCGCCGCUGGCCCCCAAACACGUGAAAGAGCUCACCACCGCCGGCGUCAAGGUCCUCCUGCAACCAUCCAACCGCAGAGCCAUCCACGAGAAGUACUACAUCAGGGCGGGCGCCGUCCUCCAGGAGGACCUAUCGGAGGCGUCUCUGAUUCUCGGGGUGAAGAGGCCGCCGGAGGAGAAGGUCAUUCCCAGGAAGACCUACGCCUUCUUCUCCCACACCAUCAAGGCCCAGGAGCCCAACAUGGGGCUUCUGGAUGACCUGCUGAAGAAGGAGGUCCGUCUGAUCGACUACGAGAAGAUGGUGGAUGCCAACGGCUUCCGGAUCGUAGCAUUCGGCCACUGGGCCGGCAUCGCAGGAAUGAUUAACAUCUUGCACGGGCUGGGGCUUCGCUUCCUGGCUCUGGGUCACCACACCCCCUUCAUGCACAUCGGCAUGGCGCACAACUACCGCAACGUCAGCCAGGCCAUCCAGGCAGUGAGGGAUUGUGGGUACGUGGUGUCCAUGGGGCUCAUGCCCAAAUCCAUCGGCCCCGUGACCUUUUGCUUCACCGGCACCGGCAACGUCUCCAAGGGCGCCCAGGACAUCCUCAACGAGCUCCCCGUGGAGUACGUGGAGCCUCACGAGCUGAAGGACGUCUCCGAAACGGGAGAUAUGACCAAAGUGUACGCCACCGUGCUGAGCCGACACCACCACCUGAUGAGGAAGAGCGACGGCAUCUACGACCCCAUGGAGUACGAGGACCACCCGGAGCUUUACACCUCCCACUUCAGGACCAGCGUGGCGCCCUACACGACGUGUCUCAUCAACGGGAUUUACUGGGACCCCCAAACCCCUCGACUCCUCAGGCGGCUGGACGCCCAGAAGCUGAUGCGACCCAAGCCGUCGCUCACCGCCACCGAGGGGUCGCCGGCGCUUCCCCACAAACUGCUGGCCAUCUGCGACAUAUCGGCUGACACCGGGGGCUCCAUAGACUUCAUGAACGAGUGCACCACCAUCGAUAAGCCCUUCUGCAUGUACGACGCCGACCAGCACAUCGACCACGACAGCGUGGAGGGCAACGGGAUCCUCAUGUGCUCCAUCGACAACCUUCCGGCUCAGCUGCCCAUCGGCGCCACCGAGUACUUCGGGGACCGGCUCUUCCCGUACCUCUGGGAGAUGCUGCCUUCGGACGCCACCAGGCCGCUGGACGAAGAGGACUUCAGCCCCCAAGUCAGAGACGCCGUCAUCACAUCGAACGGAGUCCUCACUCCAAAGUUUGAAUACAUCGAAAAACUCAGAGAAAAAAGAGAGAAGGCGCAGGUCAUGAAGAAGUCGGGGAUGAAGCGCGUCCUGCUGCUGGGCUCCGGUUACGUCUCUGGACCCAUCGUGGAGUAUCUGACCCGCGAUGAGAAGACCCAGGUCACCGUGGCUUCGGUGCUGCUGAAACAAGCGGAGCAGCUGGCAGCCAAAUAUCCAAACACCAUCCCCAUCAUGCUGGACGUGGGCAGCCAGGAGGGACACCUGGACUCUCUGAUCAAAGACCACGACCUGGUCAUCAGCAUGCUGCCCUACUCGCUCCACCCGCUCAUCGCCGCGCACUGCAUCCGGAGGAAGGUCAACAUGGUGACCGCCAGCUACCUGAGCCCCGCCAUGAAGGAGCUGCAGAGCAGUGCGGAGGAGGCCGGCGUCACCAUAGUCAACGAAAUGGGUCUGGACCCGGGGAUCGACCACAUGCUCGCCAUGGAGUGCAUCGACAAGGCCAAAGCCGACGGCUGCACCGUGGAGUCCUACAGCUCCUUCUGCGGAGGUCUUCCUGCCCCCGAAUGCUCCGACAACCCUCUGCGCUACAAGUUCAGCUGGAGCCCGUACGGCGUCCUCCUCAACACCAUCAGCCCCGCCGUCUUCCUCCGGGACAACCAGGUGGUGAGCAUCCCGGCUGGCGGCGCCCUGAUGGAGUCCAGCACGCCGAUGGAUUUCUUCCCCGGUUUCAACCUGGAAGGAUUUCCAAACCGCGACAGCACCAAGUACGCCGAGUCCUACGGGAUCCAGACGGCACACACGCUGAUCAGAGGGACGCUGCGCUUCAAGGGCUUCUCCAAGGCCAUGAGCGGCUUUGUCAAACUGGGUCUGAUCAACAGCGAGGCCUGUCCCAUCCUGAAGCCCACCUCGGCCCCCGUCUCCUGGAAAGCGCUCCUCUGUAGGCAGCUGGGAUUGUCCUCCUCCAUUUCCCACAAUGCCUUUGAAGAAGCCGUGUUCGACCGCAUCGGGAAGGACGACUUUGUGAUGGACACCCUGCGGUGGUUCGGGAUGCUGAGCGACCAGCCGGUGGUCCAAGCCGACAGCGUUCUGGCCGCGCUGGCUAAACACCUGGAGGCCAACCUCUCCUUCGACAAGUCUGAGCGAGACAUGAUCAUCAUGAGGAACGACAUCGGGCUUCGCCACCCGACCGGCGAGCUGGAGACCAAACACAUCAGCCUGGCGGUGUACGGCGACCCCACCGGCUUCUCCGCCAUGGCCAAGACCGUGGGUUACCCAGCAGCCAUCGCUGCCCGCAUGGUCCUCGAUGGCGGAAUCACCACCAAGGGACUCGUGGUUCCCAUGACGAAGGACAUCUACGGGCCGGCGCUGGCCUGCCUGAAGGAGGAAGGACUUCACUUCAUGUCCAAGAGCUCCCUGCAGGAGUAAGAGCCCCCCCUGCAGGAGGAGUAAGAGCCCCCCUGCAGGAGGAGGAAGAGCCCCCCUGCAGGAGGAAGAGUGAAUGCAACAAGUAGUUUAAAUUGAAAUGUAUCCGUUUACUGAGACCUGAUUGACGCCUGAAUGAUGCCAUCCGAACAUUAUUUAGAAAGUUCUUAAUGUUAGAAGAAAACCAAAAUGUGACAUUUUAUUUGAGUGGUUUUUAAGGGUGAAGUAACCCAGAUUGUAGUAUUUAUUGUGUGCCACCUUAGAGAGAGGGAUAUAUAUAUUUCUUUCUGGGUGGGGGGAGGGGGGGUCGCCCUGUAAACGGUUUGUUACAUGCUUUAAACAAAUACCCAGAGAUAUUUUUUAAGUAGCUGAGAUAUAUUUUUUAUGUACUUUAUAUGAGGCUCCAUGAGGACGUUUUGUGGGUUAAAGAGGAAAACACUAAUGAGGAGAAUUUAAAGUCAAUGGUUUAUGAAACUAAUCAUUUAGUCCCUGGUUAGUCUCUGGUGACAUUCAUAAGAUUCCUGAUUACAAAACACUCAUUUGUUUGUAAAAACUUAAUCAAACAUUUGUUUUGUCGAAAUGUAAAAAAGUUACAUGAAUUACCCUAAUUAUGUUACAUUCUUUCUUCUUUAAUGAUUUACACACAGAUGGUAACUGCAAAUGUAAUUAUUUGCAUUGACUAAGUCGAGUGGAAUGUUUAGUUGCGUCGUGUUUUUAGUAGGGCCGGGACUCGAUUAAAAAUAUUAAUCUAAUUAAUUAGAGACUUUGAGUCUCGAUGUGAAAAAAUAAGUGUAAAAAUGCGUAAAAAAUGUUUAAUGUGUUAUUAAUUAAUUAAUUACAAUGUGAAUUAAGAUUAAUCGUAAUUAACGCGCUAAAGUCCCGACCCUAGUUUUGAGUCAUUAAAGCAUCUUUGAUUCUUU